CACACACACACACACACUUAUUCCAGGUCAUCUGAUACACACAAAUGCACAAGCUUCUGCAGACUCACUAGCUGACUUAAAUGUAUGACUCUUCAUAAUGCAGCAAUACUAGACAACUUUACGGACUAAAUUCCAGGAUGUAAACAAAACGAGAAGAUGGAACAAGUCGUAAAUGUGGCAGUUUGGUGCAGAAGAUUUGCCUCUCGUCCCUCUCACCAAAGCAUGGGAAGCAACACUUUCACUUUCAGACUUUCCUCACCAACCUUCCUGUGAGCCUUGAGAUGCGACAGCAACGCCGUGCCUUCACCUCCUUACCUCAGACAUGGAAGAAGACACCAGAAUCAUCUCCUGAUUUCUGCCUUUCCUACUCGGCUUUUAUAAUUAAGUCAUCUCCCUCAGCUCAUCCUCCUUCCUCCUUAAAUCCAUGUUGCUGCGCUCCAAAUCUUCCUCCUUCCCUCACACCCCUUUCCCUUUGUGGCUUGUUGAGGUUCCUCUUCAUCCUCCUGGCAUCCUUGUGCUUACUGCCCUGUCCAACCCAGGCAGCUUGGUUUCGGGUUGGAGUGGUGGGGCCCUGGGGAUGUGACCCUCUCUUUGCCAAGGCCCUUCCCAGUGUGGCAGCACAGCUCGCUGUCAAUCGCAUCAACAAGGAUGCCUCACUGUCCUAUGCUGUAACAUUUGAGUAUGCAGUGCUGCAGGAGCCAUGUGAGACAUCCAGGGCACUGGAGGCAUUUGUGGGUUUCCACACCAAAGCUUCAGGCUACAUUGGCCCAGCCAACCCAGGCUACUGUGAUGCUGCUUCAAUGCUGAGCAAAGGCUGGAAUAAAGCACUGUUUCCUUGGGGAUGUGUUGGCUAUGAGUUGGAUGAUGUUCGCAGCCAUCCGACUUUUGCUCGCUCGAUGGCAAGACCUACCUGGGUCCUACUUAGUGUCAUGAGCUACUUCAGGUGGGCUCACAUUGGCAUCAUCUCUUCCUCUGAGGACAUCUGGAUGGAAACAGCAACCAAGGUGGCUGACGCCUUGAGGAGCCAUGGCAUGCCAGUCAGACUGGUCACUUUUAUGGAGAACACACCUCACGGCAUCAGACGAGCUCUCACCAAGGUCCGCAAGAUGAGUGAAAUACGAGUUGUGAUCCUCUGCAUGCACUCGGUUCUGAUUGGUGGCACAGCCCAGAGGCUUCUACUGGAGACGGCCUACGAUAUGCAGAUGAUUGAUGGCUCUCUAGUGUUUCUUCCUUAUGACACACUGCUCUACAGUCUGCCCUACCAUAAUGUGACCUACCCAGCUCUGAAGAGAAACAACAAACUGCUGCGGGCCUAUGAUGCCGUGCUGACCGUCACCAUCGACUCACCCCGGGUGUCGUUCUACGAGGCUUAUAGAGAGGCCAUGGAAAGAGGAGAGGUGGCGAGUACGUUGAAACCCCAGCAGGUAUCGCCUCUGUUUGGUACCAUCUACAACUCUGUCAUCUUCAUGGCUCAUGCAGUGCAUCGGGUUCGGGAGUCCAGGGAGUGGAUGUCUGGAGGAAAUUUGGCACGACAGAGCCAAAACUUGGCCUUCCAGGGCUUCAGUCACCCAAUUACAACUAAUGGGUCUGGAGCAGCUCUGCUGGAAUACCUCAUACUGGACACAGAUGGAAUAUCUUGGGAGCUGAAGCCAACACACAGGAUCGACAUGGAGAUCGGUAUGGUCCGCUUCCUGGGUAAAGACAUCCAUUUCCCUCGAGGUUAUGGACCCAAGAAAGACGCCUCAUGCUGGUUUACUCCAGGAGUCAUCUGCUCAGGAGGAGUGGAUUUGUUCUCAACCAUAAGUGUGCUCCUUGGGGUGAUUGCUGCCUUUAUUGUUGCUGUGCCACUAAUUUACUGCAUCAGGCGACGGAUAAAUCAGAUCCGGCUGGUCAGAGGUCCCAACAAGAUUUUACUUACACUGGCUGAUGUCACAUUCAUAAACCCAUCACUUAGCAACAAGAAGCUGAGUCUGGAUGACAGUAGGACUAGUGGCAUGAAGAGCACGUCUGAACGCAGUCUUGCCUCAACGAUUUCCACCCAAUCGCCAGCCACCUACGAAAACUCCAACGUUGUAAUUUUUGAGGGGGACUGGGCGUGGCUGAAGAGACUUCCUUAUGGGACAUUUAGCAGCAUCAAUCCCAAAACAAGUGAUGUGUUUGAACUGAUGAAGGACAUGCGUCAUGAGAACGUCAACCCUUUCCUUGGCUUUUUUCAUGACUGUGGCGUAUUUGCCAUUGUGACUGAGUUCUGCUCCAGAGGCAGCCUCGAGGACCUGCUCCUAAAUGAAGACGUCAAGCUCGACUGGAUGUUCAAGUCAUCUCUGUUGCUGGAUCUAAUUAAGGGUAUGAAGUAUCUCCAUCACCGUGGAGUGUCUCACACUCGUCUAAAGUCUCGCAACUGUGUGGUGGAUGGACGUUUUGUCCUGAAGGUUACAGAUUAUGGCUACAAUGAGGUCCUAGAGGCUCAGCGGUUCCCCUAUAUUGAGCCACAUGCAGAUGAGUUACUUUGGACUGCUCCAGAGAUCCUGAGGAGUGGCCAGGCAGGACUACACGGGACUCUAACCGGUGAUGUGUACAGCUUCGCUAUCAUCAUGCAGGAGGUGGUGGUGAGAGGGCCUCCAUUCUGCAUGCUGGACCUGUCUGAUAAAGAAAUAAUAGAGAAGCUGUGUAAGCCUCCUCCUCUGUGCCGUCCAGUGGUCAGUCCGGACUAUGCUCCAAUGGAGUGUAUCCAGCUGAUGAAACAGUGCUGGAAUGAACAGCCAGACAAGCGGCCGGUCUUUGAUGAAAUCUUUGACCAGUUCAAAAACAUCAACAAGGGGAAGAAAACCAACAUCAUUGACUCUAUGCUGAGGAUGCUGGAGCAGUACUCGUCUAACCUGGAGGAGCUAAUCAGAGAGCGGACAGAGGAGCUGGAGAUAGAAAAACAGAAGACAGAGAAGCUUUUGACUCAGAUGCUGCCUCCGUCUGUGGCAGAGGCUUUGAAGGUGGGCGGGACAGUUGAACCAGAAUAUUUUGACCAGGUGUCACUGUAUUUCAGUGACAUCGUUGGCUUCACCACCAUCUCAGCUAACAGCGAACCCAUUGAAGUGGUCGAUCUCCUCAACGACCUCUACACCCUCUUUGACGCCAUCAUAGGAAACCAUGAUGUCUACAAGGUGGAGACAAUAGGCGAUGCUUACAUGGUAGCGUCAGGUGUUCCAGUUCCUAACGGCAUCCGACAUGCCACAGAAAUAGCCAACAUGGCUCUUGACAUUCUGAGUGCUGUGGGGACCUUUAAAAUGAGACACAUGCCUGAUGUUCCAGUGAGGAUACGAAUAGGACUUCACACAGGUUCGUGCGUAGCAGGUGUUGUGGGUCUCACCAUGCCUCGCUACUGUCUGUUUGGAGACACAGUGACCACUGCCUCUCGUAUGGAGUCCAGCGGGAUGCCUUACAGGAUCCAUGUUCAUCAGAGUACAGUGAAGGUCCUCCAUGAACUAAAUCUUGGCUACAAGUUGGAGUUGAGAGGAAGGACAGAAGUCCGGGGGAAAGGAAUAGAGGAGACCUACUGGCUCGUAGGGAGAGAUGGAUUUACCAAACCCCUGCCUGUUCCUCCAGACCUCAAGUCUGGGCAAAUGGCCCAUGGGCUGCAGAUGGCCGAGAUAGCCCAGUACAAGAAACAGAAAGCCGAGAAACAACAACAAGAACAACUUGCAAAGAAGAAAAACUGAGCACCAGCAUUUGCAUUCCGAGGAAGCAGUCGAAGGACAUGAAGCUAAUGUUUCACAAGGCAGUGAAAAAAAUCUCGCACGUCCGUGUCGUGACGCAGCUCUACAUUCAAGAAGACGACGACAACGUCAUGAUGACGCAUCACUGAAUGAUCUGUAACUCAUGACUUUGCCUCAACUGGACACCGGACAGUAUCUCCAGCCUCCGCGCUAUUCCAGUGGGGAAGAGCAGUAGAGAAAAUGGAUACGAUUACCAUCUUGAACCUCCAGGGACAUAAAACAUGAAACUCUUUAUGUCCUCACUAAAAUUUGAUGGUGAUUUUCCACAGAGGGCAGUUGACAGGAGGAGGAUGUGGCUAGUGAAAGUAUCAUUUCAGAUUGUGUUUAAGUCUGUGUGCAUUAGCAGCUUGAGCCAGGAGAUGUAGUCCAAUAUGCAGCUAUGAAUAGAGGCCAGCAAGUCUAGACUCAGCAAAGCAGGGAUCUGCAGAAGCUGUCUGUCAGCAGCUGAGGGGCAGAGCUAAUCCAAACAUCCCAUUCCUUGGUUUCUGUCUGAAGGAGGAAGAGAUGAGGAGAACCCUGCAUUUGUAUUUGAAUAAAUACUUAUGUUUAGGUACUUGCAGUCCCUACUUGGAAUUAGAAAAGUGAAAGGAAGUGAGUCAUUGUCAGCAAUGGCAGAUUAUUAGAUUUUUUUCAAUUUUUUUCCAAAAACUUUUUUCCGCCAAAAUCAUAUAAAGGUAGUUAAAGGUUAAAUCUUAAAAACACUUUUUUUGUUUUACCGCUAAUAUAAAACCCAAAGAUAUUAAAGUUACAAUAAAAAAAAAACUAGGAAACACUUGGAUUUGGAUUAUUUUAAAUUAUUAAUUUAAUCUUAUGUUACAAAGGAAACACUCCUAAAAUUAAAAGUCUGGAUAAGAAGCAAUGGUGAUUCUAUAGUGUGUUGGUGCCCCUCCAACCAAUGUUUAUCACCAUUAGCUUAUAAAAAGAAUAACCUACAAAAGAGUUCAGAGGCAGCUUUUAUUACUUAACUACAAAAAGAUAUUGCCCAUGUUAGCUGAUUUUACCCUUCAAAUCACCAAUUACUGGUGUCUUAAAUAAUGUGAGGUAAAACUUUACUAAUGCUUAUUGCAGUACCAAUGCCCACCUCCAACAUCUGGUUUACCUUCGGUUACUAGAGCACACACAGAAAAGAUUAUUGGCCCUCAUAAACAGUAAUUUCUAAUAUGGACAAUAUGCUUGGUAGAAACUGAAUGUAAACCACUGAACCAACAUCAUUUGACCAGAUUAUUUUAAAUUGAAUGUUUUACAUUAUGCAUUUCUAAUAAAAAAUUACAUAUACUCAAAUUGCUUAAAGUCAACAUUUUGGGCAUAAAUAUUGUUUUGAGUGUGGUGAUUGCAAUGAUGCUGCAUGUAGUUUUUAAAGGUGAAUGUCUACGUUAGUUAAGUCGAGCACUGCCUUAGUUGUUACGAUCAGUUUUAAUCUAUGCAGGGCUCACUAUGUUGGCAUGCACUACUUUCUAUUUUCCAUCUUAUCUUAAAGCUGUUUCCCUUUGUUUCCCAGAGUUUUCCUGAAAUAAAUGUUACAUAUGUUUGUUCAA